AUGCGCAGGCAUCCGUCAAGCGGGGAGGUCAGCUUCCUGAAGGGCAUUCCGGGCCAUCCGAAUCUGAUUGCUCAUCGAGAUAGCUUCAUGGAGGAGGGCAGCACCGGCAUCAGCUCCGGAGUGCGCGUCGGCGGGGUCGACAUCAAGACCGGGGAGGGGGGGGGCGGCCCCUACCUCUUCUUGCUCAUGUCGUACGCAGAGGAUGGCGACUUGCGCUUGGCGAUGAAGGACCGCAAGCAGGCUCAGCAGACAGUGCCGGAGCUCGUCGUUCUGUCCUGGCUGCGCCAAACCAUCGCGGGCCUGAGGCAUAUGCACGCGCACGGCGUCAUACACCGUGACCUCAAGAGCUCGAACAUUUUUCUCAGCGGAGGUAGGCGGGUGGCUCGGAUCGGGGACUUUGGCAUCUCGAAGGUGCUGGAGAGCGUGUCCUUCGCCCAGACUGGCGUCGGUACCCCCGCGUACAUGGCACCUGAGACUAUGACCGAAAUGAGGUACGACUUCCAAGCAGACAUAUGGGCGCUUGGUUGUAUUCUUUUCGAGCUAUGCGCGCUGGACGCAUGGAUUUGCAAGUCUGCUCUCCAUCCGGUUUCACGAAGUUCGUGGUUUGCUCGUUUGUUUGUUUGUUUGUUUGUUUGUGCGGUUGUUUGUUUGUGCGUCUUUGCUUGCUUAUGCGUCUGUUUGUCUGUCUGUCUGUCGGUCGGUCUGUCUGUCU